AUUUGUUGACCCUCAUGUCAGUCAUUGAGCAGUGCAUCCAGUAUCCACUCCCAUUUGUUUCAACAAAAUAGGUUUAUCUUAGGCCCAUCCCCUCUGCCCGCACACGAGCAAGCAAUGAUGCAGGUAAUUGCAUCCAAUUUUCACGCAGGUAUCAUUCACAUCUCAUUAGCAUUCGAGGAACCUUGGACAAUUUCCCUUGUGGGCACAGAGACUGAAUAAUUCAGGAUUGGAAUGACUCAUGUCCACGGUGCAUUCAGUACCGUCUGAUCAUGCUGUGCUGUGCGCACAAGACUCUGAUCGUGAUUGUAGUGUUAAAUCCAAAGCAUUAAUCUUGAUACUUCUGACUAAAUUCUAGCAGCAGUAAUAAUGCGGAGGGGGAUAUGUCUGGCACGGGCUAUGUAAACCACGUCCGCAUCUGGCCCAGGUCCGGACUGUUCUGCCUGUAUCUAGGGGUGUUCUUGCUCCUCCUGCAUGCUUUUUACAAGCUCCUAUCAUGGUAUUUGUAUGUCACCAUGUUGUUGUCCUUGUACGAACAGACGGUCAUGACGGCUGGGUUGAUCGUUGUCGUGCUGGUGGCGGCCAUCUUGAUUUGUGCUAUCAUACGGCACAGGCGAAAAAUGAAAUUAACUAAUACAGCUCAGGCAGCUGGCCCGAAACCUCGCUUCAGAAAGAGGGAGAAAUUUAUGUUCUAUGGCCGUAAGAUGCUUAGAAAGGUCCGUUCAAUAUCUGGCUCCCAGAUUCACUCUGCCCGUCGGCAAGUCCGGAAAAGACGGGAUUACAUCAACUUGGCCAGAAGCUUGAAAAACAUUUUGCAGACGGACGAUGGAAGCAUGCAGCCAGUGCUCCAGGUCAAGGAACCUCCACCGGCUAUCCUGGAGGCUGACCCUAAUGAGAUGCAACUACCUCCGGAGCUUCAUAUACCGCCGGAGGUACUCUACAUGCUGAAAAAUAUCAGGGUAUUUGGGCAUUUUGAGCAGCCACUCUUUCUGGAGCUCUGCCGUUCCGUAGAGACCAAGUUUGUUCCUGCCGGGGCGUUCCUCUUCCGCAGAGGCCAGCCCGACGAUAGCAUCUUUGUUGUCCAGUCCGGCAGGCUGUGUGUCUUCAUUACAGAGCCGGAUGGCCAUGAGUUUGAGGUCAAAAAAGUCUUACAGGGAGACAGCGUCCAUAGUCUUCUCAGUGUACUGGAUGUCAUUACUGGCCACCCUAACCCAUACAAGACAGUGUCGGCCAAGGCUACAGAGGACACCAUGGUCUUGCGGCUGCCGGUCAGAGCGUUCCAGUCGGUGUUUGAGCGGUAUCCGGAGAGUCUUGUCAGAGUGGUACAGAUGAUGGUGGUGAGACUGCAGCGAGUGACUUUCCAGACACUUCACAAUCUACUUGGUCUCAGCAGUGAACUCAUCAACAUGGGGGACAUCAGUGAUCCCAAUCUGAACAUCCACGUGCUGAACCGAAGGACCUGCAGCCCCGUUAAGAAACCCAGUACCGCCUCGCUAGGAUCUAACUCCAGUGAGGAGGCUGUCACCAAGGUUACCCAUAUGGACAGCGAGAAAAGAGAGCGGUCCGGCACUGCCAGUGCAUCAGACAGCGAUCAAGAGUCCAGAAACAGGUCCAGCUCCACUGCUUCUACGAGCGUCGUGGGACGUAUCAACCCUCUCACAGGCCGACCGCGAUCUCAUUCGCUGGCUGUUAUCAGCCUGAAUUUGCCGUCGGGACAGAAGAAGCCCAAACCCACGUCGCUAGAGGUGGACACCACGGGACGGCUUCUCAUGAGCGCCUCAGACUUCCAAGCGGCGGCCGGACGGGCCCGCGUCCAAGGACUGGAGGACAACAAAGCUUACAAAAUGUCUGCCCAAGACGACCUUCCAGGACCCUCGGGUACAGACAGCGGCUCAGAGGUCAAGGGCUUAGCCUCGGCCAGCCCCAAGGUCCAGAAACGGGUCACCAUCGCCGAGGGUUACACCACGAGCCCCAGAGACAAGAAGCGGCACGUCUCGGGAGACAACACUGUCUACUCGGAUGAGGAGAUCCAGGAGAUGGCCAGGAAGGACCUGGUCAGGAUUCUUGGACUGGAGGAUGGCAGCAUUCUGGACGAGCAUGCAAAUAUCGCUCACAUCCAAGCAGGCAGUGUGGUCAUACGGGAAGGAGAUCAGGAAGCCAGUCUCUUGUUUGUAGUGACCGGCAGUCUGGCCAUGAUCCAGACCAUUGUGGACACGGACGAGGAGCAGGUCAUCUUUGUAGCCCGGCCGGGGGAGUUUGUGGGUGAGCUGGCCGUAUUGACUGGGGAACCAUCCUUCUUCACGGUCCGUGCUAGACAGGACUGCUUCGUGGUCGCCAUCAGUAAGACUAGCUUUUACAGUAUUAUGAGGCUAUGCCCUCAGGUAGUGCUGCGCAUCGGUCAAUACGUGGUCAAGAAACUCUCGCCGUUUGUCCGCCAGACGGAUUUUGCGCUGGACUGGAUGGGUCUGGAAGCUGGGAAGGCAGUUUACAGGCAAGGGGAGAAGUCGGACUGCGUCUACAUUGUCCUGAAUGGCCGCCUUCGGUCUGUCCUAACACUCCCCUGCGGCAAGAAGGAACUCAUGGGUGAGCACGGCCGCGGUGAGAUCGUCGGCGUGGUGGAAGUACUGACCAGGACUGACCGGAGUACUACCGUCCAUGCCAUCAGAGACACAGAGCUUGCCAAGCUGCCAUCGGGCAUGCUGGAUCUGAUCAAGCGCAAGUACCCACAGACCGUCUCCAGACUGAUUGAGAUCCUGGGUCAAAGGUUACUGGGUCAGGUCCAGGAGAAGGUCGGGUCACAUGCAAUCUCAGACAUGCAUGCGUCAGCCCCCGUUGAGAACCUGUCCACUGUGGCCAUUGUGGCCAUCUCAGAUGACGUCCCUGUCUCCAACUUCACACUGGAGCUCAUGCAUUCACUCAACGCAAUUGGUUCCGUCCUUCGACUGACCAAGGAGCACAUCCUCCAAACCCUCGGGGGCUCAGCCCUGGAUAGCAUGCAUGAGUACCGGCUGACAGACUGGCUGGGCCAACAGGAGGAUUUACAUCGUAUCGUCCUGUAUCAAGCUGACAAACGCAUGACCACGUGGACGCAACGAUGCAUCAGACAGGCUGACUGCAUCUUGAUAGUUGGCAUUGCCGACCAUGACCCAACCCAGGUCGGCAACAUCGAGAAGCAGAUUGAGAGCUCCGCGGUCCGUGCCCAGAAAGAGCUCAUCCUCCUCCACAAGGAGAAGGACGGCGUCUACGCGCCUCCCGAGCGCACCGCCGAGUGGCUGAACGCCCGGGGCUGGUGUGUCUCCCACCACCACAUCCGCUGCCCAAAGAGGAUGUUCAGCAAGCGCUCGCCGGCUAAAAUCCGAGAGACCUACGAGAGGUUGUUUGAGAAGGCUCCCAUCCGCACCUCAGACUUCUCCCGGCUAGCGAGGUUCCUGACGGGAACCUCGUUUGGGCUCGUCCUUGGAGGGGGUGGAGCAAGAGGUAUGUCUCAAGUAGGCAUCAUGCAAGCCAUGGAAGAAGCCGGCAUCCCCAUCGACGUGGUGGGCGGGACCAGCAUCGGAGCCUUCACUGGCGCCCUCUAUUGUGAGGAAGGCAAAGUGGAGGGUGUCGCCAGCCGAGCGUUCAAGUGGUGCAAGGACAUGGGCACGCUGUGGCCCAAGAUCACCGAUCUGACGUACCCAUUCACUGCUAUGUUUACGGGCCGGGCUUUCAACAAGAGCAUACGGGAUGCCUUCCAGGACAAGCUGAUUGAGGACUUGUGGAUCCCCUACUUCAACAUCUCAACCGACAUCACUGACUCUAAGAUGAGAGUCCAUACGAGUGGUUCUGUUUGGAGGUAUACCAGGGCCAGUAUGACCCUCUCCGGUUACCUCCCUCCGCUCUGCGACCCUAAAGACGGACAUCUGUUGUUAGACGGAGGAUACGUCAACAAUGUACCAGCCGACGUCAUGCGAUCCAUGGGAGCUCAGACGGUCAUCGCAGUGGACGUCGGCAGCGAGGACAACACACAGCUGACCAACUACGGCGACGACCUCUCAGGGUGGUGGCUGCUAUGGAAACGCUGGAACCCCUGGGCCAGCCAUGUUAGGGUGUUGGACAUGAGUGAGAUCCAGAGCCGCCUGGCCUACGUGUCCUGCAUGAAGCAACUAGAGGAGGUCAAGAAUAGUAGCUACUGCCAGUACAUCAGACCACCCAUCAACAGAUACAAGACCAUGCACUUCCACAAGUACCAAGACCUGUGCGACAUCGGCUACCACCACGGCCAGACGGUCUUUGAAGGCUGGAAGAAGAGUAAAUACCUGGACGAGCUCUUCAAGGAGAAGCGAGACAACCAGAGGAGGAGGACGGACCAACCACAGACCGUUGGUCAGAUACCACGCUUCACUGACUUGGCUGCAAUAGUGUCCAGGCUGAACACACCACAGUGGGUGCCGUUUAACCAAGAUGAAGUCGACCACACGGACUCGGCCACGCUCUGGCGUCUGGAGAGCCGCGUGGGAAGCGACCUUCCCCCGGCCGGCGGCGUGUCCGACCCCCACCGCCAGAGCCUGUCCAGCGAGGAGAUCGAGGUGGAGGAAUCAGAGUCGGACGUCUCGCCUCCAAUGCCGCAGGUCCAGAGCAUCCUGAGCGACGGGGUGCGGCAACGCAAGGUGGGCUUCAACGAAACGGCAGCUGUCGACGAUGAAGUAGAAGAAGAUGAAUACGAAGAUGAGAAUUGAAAUUGCUUGACAGACUGCGGUCAGAGCCUCGCCAAUCCAACAUGUAUUUAAAAUGACCAGAAUGGACCUAAAUAAUAUUUGAUUUCGGACGGGAGACAGUCAUGUUUCAUUUUUCAUUGACUGGAUUUUGAAGCCCUUUUGAACGAUUACAACAGUAGAUCUUUAGUAGUCGCUCCUAAUUGUUCCAAUUCUGAUCGUUGCAAUGAUAAGGUUCAGCACAACUCUGAAACGUCAGUCCAAAAACAGGGUUACAGUCAGGGAUGUAGUCGAGUUCAUCACAAGUCCAUCACAAGUCCUCCAGUCCCAAUUCAACUCCCAAGCUAUUCAAAUGAGCUUUGACAAAGGCAUUCCUUUGUUAUUGUUCAUCCACUGUUACUUGUGACUGGACUUGCGAUUUUUAUGUGACUGGAUUUGUGACGGACUUGACUUGAGGAAUUUGGCUUAUGCGCAUGCGGAGAUCCCGCAACUAAGCAUUCUAAGCACAAAAAACAUUUGCUUACUCAAAAGUGGUUACCAACCAAAUUGCUAUGUCAGUUAGCAUUGCUUGUGGUUGGUUCCCUGCUUGAUUAGCGCUGAGCAGACAAAUUUACGAAGCAGUAUUUUGUGUUGAAAAGCAGGUUUGUGUAAUUGGGCCCAGAACGGUUCUCUACAUAAGCCAGACAUGUACAGGAAUUUUUAGUUGUUGAUAAGACCGAGUAACAAAAUAGAACGGUUUCUCGUCCGGGAUUUUGAAAAAAUGAAGCGGACGGGGUUUUUUUGCCUCCCUUUUACCCCAAGAUGGUGGAUUUUCCAAGAUGGGGAUAGAUUCUUCCAUUUUCUCAACUCUUUUUGCAAAUACAAAAUUGCGUCCAAAGUAGCUUUAACCCUUUCUACAUAGCUACAAUUUUGUUGGGAAACAAAUAAAACGUCAAUAUGUUUGCAUAAUAUACAUUUCAAAUGUAUGAAUUGCAACAACAAAAAAGAGGAAGCUGGCAGGAAAAAAGAAGCAGGUGGAGACAAGAAACUGUUUUUUUUUUUUACUUGGCCUAAAUGAUAACAGGAUUUGAGGUUUGGUUGGG